AUGCUCACCUCGACGACGACAACCAUGUUCCGCCCUAGCGUCGCCCGCUCCUGCGGCCUGCAGCCUCUGCUCCGCCGCUCUACCCCGACGGCCUGCCCUUACUCGACCUUCCGCCCUUCCUCCCUCGGCCUCCGCCAGAGCCCGUGGCAGCAGAAGCAGACGCCCUGCAUCAAGCCCGUCCGCAGCAGCACCACGACCACGACCGUCGUCCCCCGGCGCCACGCCUCCACCACCUCGGCCGCCCAGCAGGACGCCGAAGCCGCGGCCGCCGCGUCGGCCCAGGCCCGCGCCAGCCACCCGGACCUGCCGCCGCUGGACUGGAACACCUUCUUCCAGCUGCGCAAGACGCGGCGGCGCUGGCAGCUCGCCUUCAGCUUCGCAACCUGCGCCACGGGCGGCACCGUCGGCGCCCUGUUCCUCAGCACCGGCGCUGCCGACGCCAUGGUCAACCAGAUCCCGCUCGACCCGUUCGUCACGCUGGGCCUCAUGACCUUUGGCUUCGCCGCGCUCGGCUGGCUCGCCGGCCCCAGCAUGGGCAGCGUGGUGUUCUACGCGCUCAACAGCAAGUACAGGGCGCAGAUGACCUUGAAGGAGACGCAGUUCUUUGCGCGGAUCAAGAAGAACAGGGUUGAUCCCUCAGCCUCGUCGGCUGGUAAUCCAGUGCCCGAUUUCUACGGCGAGAAGAUCUCAAGUGUGGCUGGCUACCGCCAGUGGCUGAAGGAUCAGCGGGCCUUCAACAAGAAGAGGACAACUUUCGUAUAA